AUGUCGCCAGCCAUCAAAAACCACGAGCCUAAUCUCGACAUUAGCUUCCAAGGUAAUAUCAAUUUCCCAGCCGAAGCCGACUACCUGAUCCUAUCCAAGCUCGUGUUCGACUGGGCAGAUAGCUAUGAUGCCAAGGACUGGGAACGCUUGCGUGGCAUCAUUGCCCCAACCCUGACGGUGGACUAUACCGAGGUCGGUCUAAGAAGAUGGGAUGACAUGUCUGCCGAGGAGUUUAUGGGGAUGGUCACGCAUCCAGGCUUCCUCGGGGACCCAACAAUCAAGACACAGCACCUUCUAGGCCAGACAUGGUGGGAGAAGAUCUCCGACACUGAGGUGAUUGGCCAUCAUCAGCUGCGCGCCGCUCAUCAGGUGUAUACCGAUGAAACCCUUAAAGAGGUCAAACUGCGCGGACACGGGCAUGCGACUAAUGAGCACUAUUAUCGCAAGGUCGAUGGUGUUUGGAAAUUUGCUGGAUUGAAGCCACAUGUACGAUGGAAUGAGCUUCGCUUUGAUGAGGUCUUUAGAGGACUGGAUUGA